AGCAAUAUUGCAGCGCAUAAAAACCUUGCGCACGCAUUACAUUGCGACCGCAGCGCGGACGCGUUACAUCAUAGGAAACUAUAACGUGGAUGUGAUUUCAUUAGCAUCCCACCAUGCUUAUUUGCAUUGCAGAUAGAUAAUUGGCUUAAUCUUCAACCUGCGUAUGCCUUAAUUUCUAUGAAGCUCCAGUAUGGGAAGGCCGUCGUCGUUCGUAACUGCAAUACUCCUAUUUGCUUGCGGCGGUCUGGUUUGUGGACGUCAGCCAAAACACCUUGGCACGAUAUAUCAUGAUGUUCGACGCAGCUUGCUGUCAGACUCACAUGGGCAAACUCCGGAAGCCGAGGAACCGCUGCCGGAGCUCCCAGCUGGCUAUAUCUACCCCGUAUUGGCCUGGGGUCCUAACAACCAGGUUGCCGGUCUGAAGGAGGCGCUGGUGCUGGGACAGCUGCUGAAGCGUACUGUCAUUGUGCACGACAUCCUGAACCACUACGACGACAAGGCCAGCCUCAACCACCUGACGGAGCAGCCCGACUCCAUGGACUUUGAACUGAUUUUCAACCUCUCGCGCCUCUCCCGCCACCGCUCCGUGGUGACACAGGCCGAGCUGCGAGCGCGCGGGGAGUGGGACGGGCGGCUGCAAGCGGUGGCACACUUUGGGGACAUGUUCAUGUCGCAGAUCAAGAACGCGCACGCGCUCAAUGUGUCUGACGAAGGAGCUGUGUACUUGGACCUUGAAGCCCUCGACUGCACCCCGCGGGAGUUGGCAAAACUAGCAAGAACCCUGAAGCCGUACAAGUAUGUCGGUUUCAUAUUGUAUGAAAACGUCGUACGGAGCUCCGGUCACGGCGUCAAGCUCACCCCAUCGGGGAACCUCUGCCAUGACGAUUACCUCCGGCUGUCUGCGCAGCUCACCAAGAGCGAGACGCUGGUGCGGCUGGCCACUGAGUUCCGGCGGGAGAAGGGGCUGGGAGCGGCGGCAGCCGGCGGGGGUGGUGUUGAUGCAGACGAUGAUGGCAGCCGCGAAGACGGAGGCGGCGACGACGUGGGAGACGGCGACCAAGACGUUCCUGGUAAUAACAAUGAUGUUGAUUACGAUUACGAUAGCAGUGCCGAUGACGACGACGAUGGCGAAAGCAAUGAAGACGGCGAGGGCGAAAGCAAGAGCCCAAGCCAGGGCGAACGAUACCUGGCGGUGCACAUCCGGCCCUACCCCGAUACAUGUUUAUACGCUUGGCGACGAGAGGAGUACGACAUGGAUCUCGCAGCCCGCGUGUGCAAGAACAAGAAACUACACAAGGUCUUCGUUCCUCAGACGCUGCAUGCCAUCAAAACGUACAAGCUUUCAACGCGGGUCUUCGUAAUGUCGUAUCCGGAUCUCAGACCUCGAAUCAGUGAGAUGUACGGCAAGAAGGGGCUCGAAGCCGUAUUCUACGAUGAGAGCGAUCUAGAAAAAGCGGUGGGAUUCAAGAGCAUAUCGCUGCUGGGUAUGGUGGAGGAGGAGAUAUCGUUCGAGGCUGACGUGUUCAUCGGCACGUCGUACAGCAGCAUGACGGGAAUCAUCAUGCAGGUACGAGGGAGCUCGACUGCAUUGGAGCGUGUGGCCCGGGGCAAGCCUCGGAGCAAGACCCUGACGUUCACUAAGACCACAUGAGAGCUGUGAAGCUGUGUAAGGAGGGAGGGAGGGAGUUGGCGAUCAACCGAUUGCCACUCCAAUAGCGACAGAGCCCGAUAGGAAGCAAACCCAUUCAUCUAGCAGCCGGACACAGGGAGGGAAACGGGAGGUGUCGGUAAUAAGAUUCAGGGCUUGCAAUGAACGCAGAAGCCGUUGUUGGUUAAGUAAACUGAGCCGCAGUAGUGUGGUUGUGGAAACAAAAUUGCAGCUUUGAAACCCAAGGGGCCAGCGGAGCCCUGACGGCUGCCGCUGUGGCACGACCCGGGGCCAGCAAUGCAGCUUAUUGUGACAAAUUAGUAUUGAAAGAAGAAGAGAGUGCAGGAGGCUUGAGUAUUGGCUUGAAACUGUCGUGGCUAUUAUUUGCCGUUGUUUAUAGCGUACAUGCCGGCUUUGCGUGUUCUGAGGGUCAGGUCCCAAGCCGGGCGGCAUUGCGAUUGCGAGCUUGUGUACCUAUGUCAGGCGCAGGGAGAGUCCGGAGAGAGCUGUGUGGAGUGCGGAGUGCGAGCGUGCUGAGUGUUGGAAUUGCAACCCAGCUGUGAUGUUGCAAGUCAUGUUGCUUAAGUUGUCGUUGCUGUUGUAGCAGACAGCAGACUGCUUGUGCAGGAGCU